GUCUCUUCCUCCGUGCCGCAACAGCUACUACAGCCUCCUCUUUCUCUCCCCAAAGGGCUCAGUGAUCGAUGAGGCUGAUGAAUGCCCUAACCCUAGCUGCUGGAAUGACGACCACGAGAUUUUUCAUACUGGACGCGGAAGAUAUUGAAUUCGGAACGACCUGGUGGUUCGUCUAUGCCGGAGUUUCGUGCUUUCUUGUUCUCUUCGCCGGUAUAAUGUCUGGUCUCACCUUGGGUUUGAUGUCUCUCGGACUCGUUGAACUCGAGAUUCUUCAGAGAAGCGGUACCUCUACUGAGAAGAAACAAGCAGCUACUAUCCUACCAGUUGUCAAAAAGCAACAUCAACUUCUUGUGACACUGCUUCUUUGCAAUGCUGCCGCCAUGGAGGCUCUUCCUAUAUACCUGGAUAAAAUUUUUCAUCCUUUUGUUGCUGUUGUGCUAUCUGUUACUUUUGUACUAGCUUUCGGAGAGGUAAUUCCACAAGCAAUAUGUAGCAGAUACGGACUUGCUGUGGGUGCAAAUUUUGUGUGGCUUGUGCGUAUUUUGAUGAUCAUAUGCUAUCCUAUUGCUUACCCUAUUGGAAAGAUUCUAGACACUGUAUUGGGGCAUAAUGAUGCCUUGUUUAGGCGAGCUCAGUUGAAAGCCCUUGUCUCUAUCCACGGCCAAGAGGCUGGUAAAGGCGGCGAACUCACACAUGAUGAGACUACAAUCAUAAGUGGAGCAUUGGAUUUAACUGAAAAGACUGCAGAGGAGGCUAUGACACCUAUUGAAUCAACAUUUUCCCUGGAUGUCAAUUCGAAGUUGGACUGGGAAGCCAUAGGAAAAAUUCUUGCACGAGGUCAUAGUCGUGUUCCCGUCUAUUCUGGGAAUCCAAAGAACAUUAUUGGACUCUUACUGGUGAAAAGUCUUCUCACGGUACGGGCAGAAACGGAGACUCCGGUUAGUGCUGUUUCCAUCAGGAAAAUUCCCAGGGUUCCAGCUGAUAUGCCUUUGUAUGAUAUCCUCAAUGAGUUUCAGAAGGGAAGCAGUCAUAUGGCAGCUGUAGUGAAAAUUAAGGGAAAAGACAAGAACACUCAGCCUGCUUGUGAUGGAGAGAAAUUUGGAGAAUCUAAAGUUACCAUGGGAAUUCCCAAUUGACAACCCCCUUGUUAACCACACAUGAUGAACAUUGGGACAGUGUUGCCAUCGAUGUCGAAAAGGGUUCAAAACCUGCCAAGCAAACCUCUUUUCAACAAAGCUGUGCUGCAACAAACAGUUCAGUUCAUCUGUCUGAAGAUAUUGAAGAUGGGGAAGUCAUUGGCAUCAUCACACUAGAGGAUGUGUUUGAAGAACUUCUGCAAGUAAUCUCUAUUUCUUCACUCAAUUUCAUUGCGUCUUAAACCUGGAGUGUCCAGGUGAUGUGUCUGGCUUUUGGAUCAGUUUCAGUUCGAUCUCAUGGAAAAUAUUUCAGCUUGGUGCUCCUAAAUAUGCUGUUCAGUCAUCUCAUUAAAUGAAUAAAGAACUGAUGUGCUUUACUCAUUGAUUGGAGUGAUACACUCAUUGCCUUGAAGGUUGAUGAUUUGCGAAUGGUUAUUGAUAAAUCUAUUCACUGAUGCAGGAGGAAAUUGUAGAUGAGACUGAUGUAUAUGUUGAUGUACAUAAACGGAUACGUGUUGCAGCUGCUGCUGCCGCUUCAUCUGUUGCCCGGGCACCUUCAAGUCGGAGACUGACCAGUCAAAAGCAUGCAGGAGGCCAAGGUAAGCAAGGGCAAGCCCCAAAGAAGUCCUCUGAGGAUGAAUAACAUUCAAAAGGGCACUAGAAAAUCUUGAGGCGCCUCGCUUCUUAGCAACACAAGAUGAUUUUGCAGCUCUGAUGAAACACGAUAGAUGUAAAGUUGUAUGGUUUUGGGCUUAUUCUCCGUCCCCCUUAACCAGCUAAUGCAGUUUUUAAUUUUGUGUAAUUUGCAAAAUUGUAGAAUCUAGUGCAAUAAUUUUCUCCUCUAGCUGCUUUUAAUUGUUCUCAGUUUUGGGUCAUGAAACUCAUUCUUUGUUGUGGGGUUUGAACGGGGAUGUACUGUUCUUAUAA